AUCUUGGCUUCGUGCGGCUUACGUCAUCCACAAGCGUCGUCGGCGCCGGAAGUGAGGGGGGGAAAGCAAACCAGCGUGUGUCUGUGUGUUGCACUUGCAUGCGGGUCCCUGGAAGCCGCGGGUCCUCCCAGCAGUGACGGGGCUUGCCCUCUCCGGGGUUUUGUUGUCUUCCAUUUUUGGUGGGGUUGUCUUCCAGUGGCUUCCUCUGCGGGAUUUCCUCCUCCACCCUCCCCGCCUCUCCAGAUCUCCCAAUAAGCCUCUCCAGAUCUCCCAAUAAGCCCCACCGCUCUGCCCAUCCGCUCUCCGCUGUAUCUGCCUUGCUAUGGCUGGCAUUCUCUUCGAGGAUAUUUUCGACGUGAAGGACAUCGACCCCGAGGGCAAGAAAUUCGACAGGGUUUCCCGACUGCAUUGUGAGAGUGAGUCAUUCAAAAUGGACCUGAUCCUGGAUGUGAAUGUGCAGAUAUACCCUGUUGAUCUCGGCGACAAAUUCCGCCUCGUCAUUGCGAGCACCUUAUAUGAAGAUGGGACUUUGGAUGAUGGAGAAUAUAACCCUACUGACGAUAGACCAUCAAGGGCUGACCAGUUUGAGUACGUGAUGUAUGGAAAAGUGUACAGGAUUGAGGGCGAUGAGACCUCCACAGAGGCAGCCACACGCCUCUCUGCCUACGUGUCCUAUGGGGGCCUGCUCAUGCGGCUCCAGGGAGACGCCAACAAUCUGCAUGGCUUUGAAGUGGACUCCAGGGUUUAUCUCCUGAUGAAGAAGCUCGCCUUCUAAGCAGUUUGGGGUUGCAGAAUGGUUGGACUCUGCCAUGGCAGCCGGGACUCAGGAACAAGAACCCAUCGGCUGCCUCCCACGCAAGUGGAGAGGGUUGCAAGCAAAGCCUCUCCCCCGUGGGCUCCGCCUCUGAGCAUCGGGAGGCUCAGCUUCCAGAAUUCAUCAGGACUCCACUGUGAGAACUGGCCCAGGACACCUCUUGAUGGGAGGGGAACCGGGAAUGAGAGCAGCCCCCACUGAUGCUGGGGGUGCUGCGUUUGCACGCCAGGCAUCUCUGUGUCUGUGAUGAACGGCCUUUUUAUUCUCCGGAUUCAAGUCCCCGAAGACCAGCCCUGCCCCUUCAAGCAGGCUGGGACCGCUCUUUCCUGAGUUCACUGGGAGGAAAGAGGUGCAGCUCGCAAUGCAGGCUUUCUCUGUGGCCUUGGUUAUGUGAUCUUCAUUAAAACCUAGCUUUUUCAUG